GCCCCGCAGCCGAGACCGUCUGAGGGCGCACAGCGGCGCUGCGGAGCGCGCGAGCCUCUCCAAAGAGAAAGCACCUGUUACUGACGGCGCGAGCGGACAAAGACCCGCGUUCCCCACAGCACCGCGCACCUGACUGCACCUGCUCGGGCGCCCACGCUCGCCGCUGUCCGCUGGGACCAUGUGGGUUCUGGACAAGAUCCGCGGCUCGGUGGAGACCGGCGUGCUGCGGCAGGCGGAGAACGGGGACCGGAGGAGCGUGGGGCCGGCCUACAGCAACGUCCUCACCCCCGACAAGAUCCCGGACUUCUUCAUUCCCCCGAAGCUGGUGAGCUGCCCCCCAGAACCCGAGACCCCCAGCCCCAGAGCCAAAGAGGGGCUGCAGCCGUCCGCGUCGGAGCAAACCCUCGGCGGCGGAGGCGGAAGGAAGAUCAGCAGCCCGAGGAGUCCGCGUCUCGUGGCCAAGAUCGCGGGAGACACCAAGAGCCUCCUGCGGGCGGCGAACCGCCACAUCAUCCAGAUAGAGAGCGCCGAUGACGUCGUGGCCGGAGACACCAACGCGGACCCCCAGUCCCAGACGGCCAUGUCGCUGCCCUACGUCCCCAAGACGCACACCUCCUAUGGCUUCGCCACGCUGAAGGAGAGUCCCCACACCCGCCGCAAAGAGUCCCUGUUCCACUGCGAGAUCACCAGCCCCAUCACGUCCCCGAACACCCAGAGGAGGAGCCCCGGCAGGAGCGAGGGCAACCACCUGAACCCGGCCGACUUCAGCGCCUCCCACAUGAACCCCUACCGCUACUUCAGCGGCGGCGAGAGCGACACCUGCUCCUCCGCCGAGUCGUCCCCCUUCAGCUCGCCCCUGCUCUCCCGCUCCGCGUCCCUGCUCAAGAUCUUCACCCACGAGACCCAGGCCAAGGUGGUGAAGGCCAAGCGCUCGCUCGCGCGCCACAGCUCCCUCUCCACGGACGAGUGCAGCUCGGCCGAGCCCAGCCCCAGCGUCCCGCGGCGGCUCCACGUGCCCGCGCUGCACGGGGGCGCGGGCGCGUGCGCGUCCGACCACGGCCUCCAGCGGGAGCACGCCGUCAGCCUGCACAAGGGCGGCGUGCUGCGGAUCAGCGCGCACCACGACGCCGGCACGUCCCGGCUGCGCAUCCGCGUGCUGGCGGCGGAGAGCCUGUACGACAAGCACGUGGACAUCAAGAGCAUCAACUGCUGCGUGUCCGUGUACCUGAACCCGGGCAAGCAGCAGAAGCAGCGCAGCAACAUCAUCAAGAACAGCCGCAACCCGGCGUUCAACGAGGACUUCUUCUUCGACGCCAUCGGCGCGGCGCACGUGAAGAGCCUGUCGGUGAAGUUCAAGGUGGUGAACAAGGGCACGAGCCUCAAGAGGGACACGCUGCUGGGGGAGCGGGAGGUGCCGCUGAGCAAGCUGCUCUCCGGGCUCUAGAGCCCGAAACCCGAGGGGACCGAGGGGAACUUUGAUUCGGUGUUUGCACUCGUUCGUCUGAUCUGCUUUAAACGCGUUAACACGAAGGUAAACAGAGAGGGGAACGAAGUGGAGGAAGAGGGUCCGAUGCGUUGACCUGGAUGAGGCACUUGUCUGGGUUAUUUUACCAUUAACGAGUUCUCAUGAAACCGAGCUGGGCUUCACAGCAACGCGUGAAUUUGACAGAUAAAAAGGGUUUUUACUUGUUUUUAUGGAGGUCUCCGAGCCAACUUCCUCAGCCAGGUCCGAUCACGUGACCACGGCCGCGCGUCGCCCUCCGCCCGCACCCUGUCCUCCAGGUGUAGCCGUGUUUUAUCAUUGUAAUGCGGCGCCAGUCAGCGGGACGUGAUUAUUAUUUUUUUUUAUAUUUGCUCCCAGAUGCUUUUGUGAGUCGGCGCAGGCUUUGAAGUGGCACACAUGUGCAAAUGACCCUUUGAUCCCAGUCGCCGCGACCCGCCUCCCGCGGCGGAUGGCGAGGGACAGACGGCGCGAUCGUAACACUCGCAUUCACAUGCGCAUUAAAAAUAGAAUAAUGAUGCAAGUCAGGAUGAAGCCGGAGACGUCGCCCGAUUCCGUCGCCGUCCGAUCACCGGUGUGUUUGAACGACCCUGAAACGCUCCUCGUCGUCUUCGCUCGUGUCCCGCGCGGUUGUUGGUUGUCCUGUUGUCGCCACAAGCUGUCAGUCAGAAAAGCACGAAACCAGCGCGUGAAAAACACUCUCCCCAUUUCCACCGGUGAUCAAAAUCUCCACGGGGAGGUUUCUCCUUGAAACACUCCACAAACUCACUCACUGAGUCUAAUCAGGCGUUUCACUCGCAUCCGAACUGAAGAUAGGUUGAAAUGUCUCCAUUUCCAUGAUUUGAUUCGUUUAUGCAGUGUUGAUUUCGGCGUUUGCCUCGAGCACAGGAAACUCAGCGCGCUGAUUUAGCGCAUGUGUGGGACGUGUGGGCACCUUGAUUAAAUCCUGUGCAUCCAGGCAACAGGCCGCUCAGUACCACGCAGACGCUCCGACAGGAGCAGUCAGUCAGACAGCCCGAACCCGUCCUCACAGAACCCCCCCGGGAUCACUUGGUCCUGUGGGGUUCAGACGGUCGAGGCUGAUCCGCCCCGAAGGCCAGCGUUUUCAGCCGCGGCAGCGAGCGGAUGCUUCACCAGCAGAUCGACCUCAGAGCCUCCAUGUUAAAAGACACAAUUAGGUCAGUCAGCGAAACAGGUGAUCGAUUUAUGCAACAAGGCUGUUGCCUUAGUCACGGUACUGGCAGCAGAUGAAUACAGUCUGUGUGUGUGUGUGUGUGUGUGUGUGUGUGUGUGUGUCUGUGUGUGUGUGUGUGUGUGUGUGUGUGUGUGUGUGUGUAAUAAGUGUCCUAUAUGAGGAGUCUAGAGCAGCUGCCUGUAUAUGUCAGAGACACACAACUCAUUGGUGUUAGCAAGAAAGGAAUCAAGUUCUACGAAACCCUAAAGCCUUAGCCUUGUGUGUUUGUGUGUGUGUGUGUGUGUGUGUGUGUGUCCAAAGUUAUUACAUUUAUAUGUGUAAAAAGUAUUUUGUAACAUGCAUUGCCUGGUAAGUGAUGUCAUGACGCGUGUUGGGUUUGUACUGUAUGUGUGUUUCUACAGUUGAUGCCAGUUAUGCACCAGCAGCAGGUGACGAGUGCUGACGAGAAGCCUUUUUUUAAUUAUGGCUUUAAUGAAGCCCAGGGGGAGAAAGACCGACGUUAUGUGGUGGGACCGAUGGGCGGCGCUCUCCGCUGACCUUCUGUGGAAUUAACAGAAAUUACAUGCGAUUGCAGCUCAGAGUUGGGAGGAGGGGGGAGGAAGGGGGGGGGGGGUGAUGCAAUUUCCCGAGGCUCUUCACACACGGUCCCUGAGUCGUGUCCCCUGUGCCGCGCGUCCACAGGACCCCGACCUGAACUCAACCUCUGAGCACGACUAAAACACUUAAAUCUUCGCUCCUGACACAAAAAUGUGCGAUGAUCCAGCUGAAACACGCGUGACGCGCUCCACUCGUUGCUUGAACGAGUCCCGUUCAAUCCCAGCGCUCUGACUGUUUUCACGCGGCUUCUUGUUUAUCAGCAUUUACAAACAAUCACCCCGACACGUCCGCCUGCAGGGCUGAGGGGUCCUCAGACGACGGCCUCUGAGGAACUAUCAGCUGCAGAGAGAGAAAUGUCGCAUAAAAACACGUUAAUGUGUGUGAUUGUUGAUUAGAGUCACCGCUUUUCUGGAUUUUUCUGUCACUGACAGGUUAAAAACUGAUGUUUCCUCAGGCUUGUUUCCAGUUUCCCCUGCGCUGAGCUGAAGCCUUGUCACAGGUCUGUUGUGGACAGUGUUUUCAAGUGAUCAGUCGUGACUGGAACUAAAACAAGUGUAAAACUGUGUAAAUGCGACCUGUACAGAGCAUUUGUUUCUGAAGUACAGACACAAAAUGCGCUCGUUGUCGUGAACCUGGAUGUCUCUGAAAACGAGGCCGUCCAUUUCAACAUUCUUCAUUUUAAAUAUCUUUGAUUUGAAUUACUAGAACUCAUUAGGCAGAAUUCAUUUUCUCAUUUUCUACUCCGGUGUGAUGAUGAGAAUCGGCCGUUCAAUAGCUGUUUAAUUAGUUCCAGGGCCAAGAAGCUUUACCGAUAAUGUUUAAAUGGGAAUUGGAGAAAGUGUCAUUCACUGUGUGUGCGUGACUGUGGAACAUUGCAUGUGACAGUAAUACUGAAUUCCUUAUGCCUUUUGAUAUGUUGUAUAUAUUGUACGCUGAAGUCUUCCUGUCUUCACAGGUUCUCUCUGAAAAAUGAAAACUCAAAGUGCCGGUCCGUUACUUGACACUAGUCCUCGCUUUGUCUCCUGACGUAGAGAAAUGGAAGCUGGUUUCCACGUGCUGUUGCCGUUCUUGUUGUGUUCCUGGCAUGAGCAAAUAGGUCCUUUUAUGCUGUGAUGCUACAACCACCGACAGCUGAUCUCGGUUUCUUGUUAAUGAGUGUGAAGUAUUUGAAUUAAAGUAUUUCUGCUGUU